AUGAAGGCUUCCGUACUUUAUACAGCCUUGGGCCUUCUGCCCCUGGUAUUGUGUCGGAAUGUUUGGCGGGAGGCCCGGGGUAAGUCCAUCGAGUACACAUCGGUCGAAGGAUACUUUUUGCAGGACGACAAGACGACCAGCACCGAUGGCUUCGAUUACGCCGACGUCAACUUUGGCCUAAUUGACCGAAAGUACCCCACUGACAACUACUUGAGUCGAAACGAUUGCGAUUCGCAAUGGGAGCGUUUCGAUCGCUGGGUCAAGUACCUCAAUUGGAACCCUCGGAACCGUGGCGAUGUGCAAUACAAGGUGAUUUUCAUGGGCCGCCAUGGAAAUGGCUGGCACAAUUCUGCCGAAACCUUUUAUGGGACUCCGGCCUGGAAUUGCUAUUGGGCUGAGCAAACCGGCAAUGGCACUGCCUAUUGGAAAGAUGCCGCGCUCACUUCUGCUGGAAUCGACGAAGCCCUCAAGGCAAAUGCCUACUUCAAAGACCGCUACGCCACGCAAAAUAUGCCGCACUUCGAGUCGUACUAUGUCAGCCCUCUUCAGCGCUGCACCACCACCGCCAACCUCACCUUUGGGGACAUUGACCUGCCUCGCCAGCAUCCGUUCGUGCCCACUGUCAAGGAGCUAUUCCGAGAAGGCAUGACACCCCAUACGUGCAAUUGGCGAUCCAACAAGACGUUUAUCGGGGAGAAUUUCCCUCGGUACGAGUUCGAGAAGGGGUUUGCUGAGCAUGACGAGCUAUGGGAUGCCACAAAGAGCGAGACAGGUGAUGCACAGGAUGUGCGAGCCAAGGCGGUGCUCGACGACAUGUUCAGAAACGAUAGCAACACCUGGAUUAGUGUCACAGCCCACUCGGGUAUGAUCUCACGACUCCUCAAAGCCCUGAACCAUCGUGAGUUCAGGCUCAGCACGGGUCAGAUCAUUCCCGUUCUGGUCAAGGCCGAGGCUAUCGAUCUGCAACCCCAGCCGACAUACCAGGCUCACGAACCCUACUCGACAUGCACUGCUCCACCAAUUACUAGCAUUGCCGAACGGGGAUGCGUGUGUCCAACACCGACGACAACUGCACUGCCGAGUUGA